AUGGCCGACUCCCGGCCUAAAGAUGUCACCUCCGAAGAGCAGCUAGAGUCGGAGUCGGAAGCCGAGGAACACACAGAACAAGACCAUGAGGGCACUGCCGAUGGGACCACCGCAACGGCGGAAAAGGCCAAGAAGAAAAAGAAGAAGUCGAAGAAGGCCAAGCUAGUGUCUGCUCUUACUGGUAACAAGUCGUCCGAACCUGCAGAAGCCUCCAAGCCUUUGUCCAACGACGUGGUAAAGACCCUUCUCGAUGCGAAUCCGGCACUCAAAGGCGAACUGGCUGGGAUACCCCCCGAGAAGGCGGGUGAGUUACUCAAAAAGAUGGACGUCUCACAGUUGCUCAGCGGGUUAUCGAUAACUGGGAAGAACCAGAAGGACAUGGCAUCAUACAAAUUCUGGGCGACUCAGCCAGUCCCUCGUUUUGAUGAGAAGUCGGAAGAGAAGCCCGACGGACCCAUCAAAGAAGUCAUUCCGGAUCUGGUGCCAAAGACCGCGGCUGCUUUACCAGAAGGCUACGAAUGGGUGGAACUGGACCUGACACAAGAGGACGAGGUGAAGGAGGUCUACAAGCUGCUUUCAUUACACUACGUCGAAGAUGACCACGCGAUGUUCCGAUUCAACUAUUCCGCUGUCUUCCUAGAUUGGGCUCUCAAGUCGCCUGAUUGGAAGAAGAGUUGGCAUAUCGGGGUUCGUGCGAAAGGUCCAAGCCGUCUUCUGGUAGCAACCAUUUUCGGCAUUCCCAUAAAGCUGAAAAUACGCCAGAACGUCCUCGAUGUGGUGGAAAUCAACUUCAUGUGUGUUCACAAGAAGCUCAGGUCACGGAGGUUGGCUCCAGUGCUGAUCAAGGAGGUCACGCGACGGUGUCAUCUGGAGGGUGUCUACCAGGCCAUUUACACUGGCGGUGUCGUCUUACCUACUCCUGUUGGCAGCUGUCGAUACUACCAUCGCAGUCUCGAUUGGCUGAAAUUGUACGAAGUCGGAUUCUCUCCUCUCCCUCCCAAUAUGACACAAGCAAAGAUGAUUGCUCGAAAUCAACUGCCUCCAAGUACCAGCACGCCCGGAUGGCGAAAAAUGGAAGAAAAAGACGUUGAUGCUGUCCAUGAUCUGCUCUCGCGGUACCUCGAUCGGUUUGACCUUGCGCAAAUAUUCUCCAGAGAAGAAAUCGUGCACUGGUUUCUGAACCGACAAAAACCUGCUGAGCAAGUAGUCUGGUCGUUUGUGGUGGAAGGAAAUGAUGGCAAGAUCACCGAUUUUGGCAGCUUUUACUGUCUGGAGAGCAGCGUCAUUGGUGAAAUGAGCAAGAAGCACGACAAGAUUCGAGCGGCGUACAUGUUCUAUUAUGCCACUGAGCAUGCGUUCAACCCCAAGGAGAAAGGCUUGAAGGAGAGACUCCUCCAAUUGGGACAGGAUCUGUUGAUCGAGGCAAAGAAGGCCAAGUUCGACGUAUUCAAUGCACUCACACUGCACGACAACCCCUUGUUCCUAGAGCAAUUGAAGUUCGGCGCUGGCGAUGGCCAACUGCAUCACUACCUGUACAACUGGCGGACGAAGACUAUCAAUGGUGGUGUCAACUCGAAGAAUCAGCCGGAUGAGAGCAAGAGGGGAGGCAUCGGGAUUGUGUUGCUGUGA